CUCCAUGCCCUCAGUGCUGCCCAAUCCGCUGCAUUCCCGCGUCCCGUGAUCAGUGGCCACGGGUUGUUCUGCACCACGACCUUUGAGAUGAGCUGUGCUCGUCCCACGGCACCUGGAGCCCAGCUGCCCCCCAGAGCAAUGGCAGCGGUGUUGGCUCUGCUGGUGGCCUGGCCAGCUGCCACUGCAGCAGUGACGGUGACACGGGACUCGCUGCUGAAUGUCUGCAUGGAUGCCAAGCACCACAAAACAGAGCCUGGCCCUGAGGGGCAGCUCUACGGACAGUGUGUCCUCUGGAAGGACAAUGCCUGCUGCACUGCCAACACCAGUCUGGAAGCUCACCAGGACCAGUCCUACCUGUACAACUUCAACUGGGACCACUGUGGGGCCAUGCCAGAGAAGUGCAAGCGCCACUUCAUCCAGGACACGUGUCUCUAUGAGUGUUCCCCUAACCUGGGGCCAUGGAUCGACCAGGCAGACACCAGCUGGCGGAAGGAGCGGAUCCGGGAUGUGCCACUGUGCCAGGAGGACUGUGAGCAGUGGUGGGAGGAUUGCCAGGAUGCUGUCACCUGCAAGGUCAACUGGCACAAGGGCUGGAACUGGACUACAGGCACCAAUCAGUGUCCCAAGGGCGCCAUGUGCCAGAAGUUCAAGUUUGUGUUCCCCACGGCGGCUGCGCUCUGCGAGCAGGUCUGGUCUGGCUCCUACCGCUACACGUCCCACCACCGUGGCAGCAGCCGCUGCAUCCAGAUGUGGUUUGACCCCGCUCAGGGGAACCCCAACGUUGCUGUUGCCCAAUAUUAUGCCCAUGGCAAUGCUCCCCCAAACUUCCUGUCCUCUAUCCUGCUGUCCCUGCUGCCCCUCACCCUGCUGGCCCUGCUCUGAGGAGGAGGGGCUGCAGGAAGGAGUGGGCAGUAGAUGGUCAGGGGGUCCCCAGGCUGCCUUGUGUGUCCUCAUGGGAUGUCCCCAAGCUGUGUCCCCCCGCCCCAAGGCAUGUGGCCCAUGAAUAAAUGCUGCUGCCCUGCUUGGUC